AUGAAACUUUCUGCUCUCGCCAAAAUCGCCGUGUUUCUCCACGGCGUGUAUGGAAUUGCCUUUGAGCCCUACAACGUGCUGCUGUUGAGCAAAAGCUCUUUUUUCGAGCAGUUUGACUAUGAUUCCGUGCAAAGUUCCCACUGGGUUCCGUCACGCGGCGAAAAAUCCGACGGCUCGAAGUAUUUGGGCGAGUGGGCGGUCGAAGAGCCCACGAUGUAUCCCGGAUUUGCCGGAGACCGGGCGUUGGUGAUGAAAAGCGAGGCGGCUUACUAUGCCAUUUCUCGGCGGUUGGACACUCCGUUGAAAACGGCCAAAAGCGACGUGGUGUUGCAGUUUGAGGUGAAGUUCCAGGACGGAAUCACAUGCGGUGGCGCCUACGUCAAGUUGUUGACUGAUGCCAGCGACCAGGACCACUUUUCUGACCGCACGCCUUUUGAAAUCAUGUUUGGGCCCGAUCUCUGCGGCUCCAGCAACAGAGUGCUCUUCAUUGUCAAGACGCAAGUCGGCUCUGAAGUGGUGGAGUCCCGGAUCCGGACGCCGCCCAUGGCCCGCGAGAACCGCUUGUCCAACUUGUAUACGCUUGUUCUCCGGAAAAACUACGAUGUGGAAAUCCGCAUCAACGGCGACGUGGCCAAGGCCAGCAAUCUCUUCACGCCGCAUUUCAUGGUGCCUCCGUUGUCCGAGCCCGAGUACAUCGAGGACGCCGAGGCCACAAAGCCGGACGACUGGGACGACCGCCGUUUUGUCGAAGACGAAACCGCACACAAGCCAGACAAUUGGGACUCGGACCACGGAGCAAUGUGGAUUCCAAACCCGGACAUCGAAAAGCCUGCGGGCUGGAACGACGACGAAACUCAGCCGGAGUACAUCAGAGACCCCGAGGCCGAAAAACCGCAAGACUGGGACGAAACAGAAGAUGGCGAGUGGAAAGCGCCUUUGAUCAGAAAUCCUCUCUGUCUUUACGGCUGUGGCCACUGGGAGGCGCCCAAAAUCGUCAAUCCAAACUAUAAAGGCGCGUGGGUGCCACCGCAAAUCCCCAAUCCAAAUUAUCAGGGCGAGUGGACACCACCAAAGAUGAAAAACCCAGCGUACACGGGCAAGAACGAAAUCGACUUUAGCCCAGUGGAAGCUCUUGGGAUCGAAGUCUGGAGCAUGCAAGCCGGUGUUCUGUUUGAUAACAUCUACUUGGGCCAUUCUGUCAAGGAAGCUCAAAAGAUCGGAAAUGCCACAUUUGUCCCUAAAAGCGAAGCAGAAUACGCUGAUUACGAGAAGAACAAACCUAAACCAAAGCAUGAACCAGCUAAGCCACCCAGAUCUUUUGAAGACAUGCUUGAAGACGAGUCUGUUUCUCAGUUUUCCCAGUUUGUGGAAUUUUUGCGUUUGCUUGUAUGGACUCGGUACAUGAGCGUAAAAGAUUUCUGGGCCAUGUUCGAAGCUGACCCCGUUUACACGAUUAGCUCGCAUCCAUUCAAAUUCGCCUUCUACUGUGCCGUUUUCCUUAUAGUAUUUACAUUUGUCUUUGGAGCAAUCAACAUUGUGGCUUUCAUGGUGUUGAAAAAGGACACGCCGGCGGCGCCGGAAAAGAAAGAGAAGGAAGCUGAAAAGGAGAAAAUAAAGGAGCUUUCUGAGGAGGAGGUUCUUGAAAUAAUCAGGGGAACUGGGGCUCUGAGAGGACAAACGGCGCCUAGAAGAAGGAACUAA